GUUGACUUUUCCUUCCUCAUUGCUUUUUUCUAUAGUCGUUUGUUUCUGUAUAAUCAAGAGAAAUCUUUAUGGGUAAAAUGUAAAAUGCAGUCAAAAUCCACUUCUACUGACAACGGUGAGCCUCUUGGGGCAAAGAAGAUGGAUAAAGUUGUAUUUGAACAAAUCUGUGAUGCAAUAUUUAUGUUGAUACCUGAGGGUAAUGGACUCCCAUGAUUAGUCAUGUAUGUAACUCCUAUUAUACAUUCAUAUUAUGCCCAUUUGGUAGUCCCACGGUUGAAGCAGUUAUUCUUGAGCUGGAGUCUACUUAGCACUGAAGAAAGAUCUCAACUAGAUUCUAGAGUUUGUACUUGGUAUAAUCCCAGUCGUCGCCAACUUUAUAAACCUCUUCGAGAAGCCCUAAUCCGGUGGGAAAACGUUCAGGAUACCCAAGGUGCUCCAGGGUGUGAGCCUGGUAUGGUGUCAUUUUCUUGCGACCCUCAACUAGAAGAAGAGUUAGUUAAUGUAAUCUGCAGCUUGGAAAUGAUGUUUGCCAAGAGCAGAGACAGCACAGAUGAAAUGAUAGAGGGCAAAAAUAUUCAGUAUGGAAGAGUCUUGGAAGAAGUAUCGAUAAGUGCAAGAGAUAGCCCUAGAUCUGGAACUAGUCCAAAAGAUCGAACUCCGCACUCGGUUCACAGUUGCGGCCAUAUCACAGAUAGCAAACAUUCGGACGACGAUCUCAGUGGAUAUUUGACUAAUUAAAUACGCUGAUUUUGCUCAAGUUUCAGAUGUAAUCCUGUAAAUAUAGUUCAGGGGAAUUCCUGAAAAAGAUUGACUACCAUGUUAUAGAGAAAAUGAGAAUAAGUGUUUAUUAUUUUUUUUUUUUUUGCAAUAAACACGGUUUGUCUAUAUUAUUCGAUAAGACAGUUGUUGACGUGUAUUU